AUGCAUGACAAAGAGAACUGGGUAAACACCUAUGUUUUUAAGCAUCCUCACUUUGGAAAUCGCACUUCCAACCGUGCAGAAAUUUCACAUGCUUCUCUGAAGCAUGCCCUUGGAACUUCUUCCGGUAAACUGAAGACAGUUACCAUGAAAGUUGUCAAGUGGUAUGAAGCGUUGGUCGAUGAUCGAAAGCGCAGAUUGACAACGAAGUGUCUCGGAGAGAGCACUACCGUUGUGUUUGAUAAAAUCAAUUCUUCCAGGCUGAAUGAUAUUCGCCACAAAGUUUGUCGUUUUGCAAUGGACCACAUCAAACUUGAACUUGCCAAAUCAAUUAUACCUGAAAAACUCACAAAAGAGUGCGAAUGCCUCAUUAACUACAACUAUCUCUUGCCCUGCUACCAUCAACUUGCGCAGUAUAAAAAAAUCCCAAUUUCUUGCAUUCCCAGACGAUGGAGAAUAAACUACUUAGAAGGAGAAGACCACUCAAUUAUUCACAAUGCACUACCUGUACCUAAAAACAUCACUAAAAUUACCACAAUAACACCCCAACUCGCAUAUAAGCUUGAACGGGUUACUCAAAUACUUACCAACGCCCAAAGCAAACAACAGCAAAUACAUUUCGAAGAAUACAUCGACAAAAUAAUAGAACUAGACUCCAAGCAGAAACUUGAGAACCUUAAUGGUCCAACAGUAGUGGAAGCCAUCAAAGGCAGACCUAAAAAUACAAAAAGAAAAAUGAUUGCCCUAGAGCACUGUCUAGAAGCAGAAAAAGAAGAAACAACAAAAAAAACUAAAACUGAAAAAAAACAAAAAAAAUUUAACUCAUUCGACUUUUUUCGAUUUUCUAGACAUGAAUUAUCUUUAGAAAAACAACAAAAAGCAUUAAAAAAAAUUAUUAACCUAGGUUCACCAUGUGACCAUACACUUCUGACUAAUCUUACAAUCGCCCCACACCAAAUAUCUCAGAUAUUCUCUCCGGAAGCAGAUGGCAAUUGUGGCUAUAGAGCAAUAGCAAUGGAAGUAUAUCAGAACCAGGAGCGAUGGCCUGAAGUCAAAGACAAAAUGAAGAAUAGAGCACGGCCAUAUGCCUGCAUCCACAAACCCAUUAUUAUCAGUCUACAAGACAAACGCUCGCCCCUCCCUCAACAGCAUUGGUUUGGUACAAUUGACCAUCCACAACUCGUAGCAAAUGCAUAUAACAGAACCGUAGCCGUAUAUUGGAAUACUCCAAGAGAAACCGGCGACUGUCUAUUUGUACCAUUCACCACCACACCAGACAGAUUCGAACCUAUUAUACUUAUUCUAGACAUCAACCACUUUCUCCUCGCAAAACGUAAACCAACCAGAAACUUCAAUUGGCCGCAGAUAAACCCAUUUCACAAAGCCAUAGUAAAAAAAUAUAACCUAGAGGACUUUUCCAUUCUGUAUUAA